CAUGAAGGCUUCUGCGUGUGUCGUCUUGCUUGCGGCAGUGUUGGGGGCAAGUGCUCAUGGCGAUCAUGGAGAAGAGGGACAGGAGGAGCCUGGGCACGAUAAUUACGCGGCGAGGCAUAUGGCUAAGGAACAUCAUAUCGAUGACUUUGACAUGGAAUCUUUCUUCCACCUGCACGACCUCGAUCGCAACCUUUUCCUGACCGUAGACGAAAUCGCAGCAAUCUACGGCGUGCACCAUGAGAUAUCUAAGAAGCACGAAUCGUCCGUUUCCGAAGACGCACAUUCGGAGAAGGCGAAGGAGAUUGUAAACAGCGUGUUGACGGCGAUGGACAAGGACCAGGAUGGGCAGAUCUCGCUCAAGGAGUUUGUUGAAGCGGGUCCGGCGGGACUACCAGAUUUCGCAAAACUAGGAGCGGAUGGGCAUCACUACGAUAGUGAAUCGGAGUACUUCCUCCAUCACGAAGAGAUCUAUCAUUCCACACCCGAGACACAGACAGACGAGUCCUACAAUCACCUUGAAGACAUCGAACAUUUCACGAACCACGAGGCGAUCGAGAUUGAGGAACAGAACAGGGAGCGCAAGUUCCAGGGCCUACCACCAUUGGACGCGCAUGGGAACCCUCCUCCAGAGGAGCUCGCCCAGGCCCAUACCCAGGCAGAAGCAGACGCUGCUGAGCCGCUAGCGCAGCCAGGGGAGGGCCAACAGGUACUUCAAGGGCUGGGUGAGGAGGCUAAGAAACCCAGAUUUGAUCGGGGGCGGAAAGAGGAAGAUGUGCAUGAUAAGUUUUCGGGCGCGGCUGAUGAGGCAAGCAAGAAGGAGCAAUGGGGCGAGGGAGAAGAGGGAUUCAAGCGGCCUAGGACACCGGCGGAUAAACUGAGGCGGAACCUGCCAUACAAGUACAAAUUCCGUCGCUCAUGGUCAGAUUUCUGAGCCUGCUCUCCACUUUCCCCUGUCUCACCUCUCACCCCAUGCGCCAUCCCACUACCUCGCACGACGUCAAAGUGCCCGGAGCGCACACUACCUGCGCACCUGGAGGAAAUAUCGACAUCGAUCAUGGGAGAAAUCGGGGGAAAGAAACGAAGUAGAUCUCUGUCUCUGUCUCUAUGCGGGAACAUGUUAUCCAUCUCUUUGUCACUUGGUCUUCGAGUUUUUUCGUUCUUAUCUCUUUGCCUCGUGAUUGG